CUUUGUUCCAGAAAUCUUCUCCUUAUCAGAUAUUGAACCACAGAAUCCCAGAUUUUCAGGUCAACGUUUGUGAUUUUGACUUUCUUGUCGACAGAGAGAGAAAGUUUCAUUGUUUUUUAGCUUAAAAUUCAAGCAGAUAUAAGAUUAUUCUUGCUGAAGCAGGGAAGAUUUGUUCCAACUUCGAAAAAUAAAUUCCGGGUUCCCAUCAAAGUUAAGGAACUUUGAAGCUUCAAUAGCAGAAACUCAUAGUCCUGAUUAGGUGGGAGGGAUGGGUUCCUUUAAGGGCCAUAUUCUUCCAGGGACUCUGUUCUUAUUCGUUGGUGUUUGGCACAUAUGGAGCGCAGUUGUGAGGCAUGUGGAGAAUCCGAAAUCGUUUAGGGUUAGGGUUUGGAAUCCUGUUCCAGGAUUGAAUGGGAAGCUCAAGUACCUGGAACUUUAUGUGAUCACCAUUGGAGCUUUCAUCGACAUGUCUAUUGAGCUUCUGUACUCGACCCACCUCAAUUUCUUCGUUAAUGGCGUCUUAAAUCCUUCACAUAUGAAUAAUUUCGAGCAUGGAGGAAUGCUUUUCAUGUUCUUCAUCUUUGGGGUUGUUUCUCUGCUCUCCGAAAAGACCAGGUUUUUCCCCUUAACAGAAGGAGCUCUAUGCUUGAUUGCUUCCAUGGCAUUCUGUGCAGAGUAUCUGUUGUUUUACUUCCAUUCAACAACGCAUCAAGGUCUUGAGGGAUAUUAUCACCUCCUCCUUGUUCUCCUCAUUGCCGUUUGCAUUAUCUCAACUGUGGCUGGAGCUCUUAUUCCCAAUAGCUUCCCAGUAGACUUGUCUAAUGGCAUUGCUAUCACCCUACAAGGCCUCUGGUUUUAUCAGACGGCCUUCACUCUUUAUGGGCCAAUGAUGCCAGAUGGUUGUUUCUUGAAAGUUGACCAGAUCAUGUGUCGAUCAACGGAUAGUGAGGUCCGAGGGGAGUUGCUUGCCAAUUUCCAGCUCUUCAGCUUAGCUUUCGGUGUCCUUGUUGCUGUUGUUGGAUCAUACAGUUUUGCUGCGUCCAGAUAUGGCCAUUCCGAACGUAAUAGCUUGCAUACAGGUGAAGAUGGGUUGGACAGAGAUUGAAAACAAGGUUUAAUCGCAUUAUGCGAUAGACAGACAAAUCAGAUUGAAGUCAUGUGGUGAUUAGAAGUUUGAAAGCCAGAACCAGGUUUUGUUGAUUUUCAAGAGAGAAUGCGGCAUUAGGCAACGUCAUCCCUUCAUCUAUACCAUUCUUGUAAAUGCUAACACUCAAUUUGUUUAUCAGUGACACAUAUAAUCACAUAAUAGCUUUAGAGAGACCCAAUUCGUUGGUGUUUGAUGUCUGAACGUAGGCGAAAUCCAAAAUAAUCUGUGUAUCUUUUGUUCCAGUUUUAUACCAAAUUUUGUGUAAUUUUUUUUUUCAUAAGUUGAGUUAUUUCCAGGCUGUGUUGGUUGUAUAUUUCUGUUAAGUGUUAUGGCCAUUAAUUUUUAGUUCUAACCACCACAGGUGAAAAAUUUGCAUCAAAACCUCUUUUAUUUGCCCUCAUCUGCUACAGAACAAUACCUUGUACUGAACCCUUAUAAAUACAUUUUUGUGGUCAGAAAGUGUGAAAUGAAAAGUUCCUUCUACAUC